UUGCUGCUGCUGUCAGUUUGUUCUACUGUUUCAAUCUCUCUCAGGCGCAUACACACAGUCAGUGUGUUUUAGCUAGAAAAAGGCUUUAAACGCGGAUUAACGCACUAGCUAGUCGGAUAUAUUCAUUAGUUAGUGUUUAUAAAACGAGAUUGUAUCUUUAUUUAAUGAGCUUUAUUAUAAUAGAAAGAAUAUAAUAGAAGAAAGAGAGGCCAGGUUAGGUGAGAGUGCCUCGGAUAUCAUAUAAAUGCUCAGUUAGUGACAGAUACAGCAGGGUUUGAUAAAGUUAAAGACUAGGAUAAAGGAGCGAAGCGAUAUUUUUAUGGUUUUAUUCGCUAGAUUAAAUGCUUUAUUUUCUCGGGAUCAGCCAUCAGAGCUGCACGGACGAGAUGAGAUCAUAACCGCUUAUAUCUGGCCAUUAUUUAGCACUUAAAUUUAACAACGAAAUAAGCCAGAGAAUGUGUUCUCAGCUUCUUAUGUUUAUUGUUUUUUAAAUCUGACGAUAUUUUUAACACAGGUUCGUGAGAUCUGUUUGUGUGAUUAGCAUCAGCUUUAGCAUCCACACUAGACGAGUAAAAGAGGUUUAGCAGAUCAAACUAGCGGAAAUAGUCAUUGAAAUCUUAACAUUAUUAUCAGGCUUUUAAAGUACACGUUUUGAAAUACAGAGGGUCUGUGAACAGUGUAGUUUAAUCGUAUUAAAUCUGUUCUGUUGAUCACAUCUGAAGACAUUAGCCGGCGAGCUAACACGAAGGACAUGAGGAGGAUUUUACACCAAAACAUUGACUUAUUUAUUUACUCAUUUAUUAAUAACGAAAUAUAUCAAAUCGUCGUGAAAGAAGGAAAAGGCAUCUAAAUAAGAAGGCUUUCCGUGAGGAGGAAUUGACAUCAGGAGGCAGCAUUAAGGAUCAUCCCCAGCGCUCCCGGCGCUCUUUCUCAUCCCAGCGCUCAGCGUGCUGGCUCCUCCCCCUCCCGGCGGCAGCGUGCGCUCUCAGCCGCCCCCGUGCACCCCGCGCUCGCCAGGCCUGCGCGCCCGAGCCCAUGCCCCCAGCUCCGCGCGGCCCUCCAACGCCAUGUGUGUCCCGCACACUAUGGAGGCGGGCAAGCACAGCGCCAGCCAGGGGCAGGGCAGCCGCGCCGGGGUCCCCCUGGAGCCGUUCAUUCACCAGGUGGGCGGCCACACCAGCAUGAUGCGUUACGAUGACCACACCAUCUGCAAGCCGCUCAUCAGCCGAGAGCAGCGCUUUUACGAGUCCCUGCCUCCAGAGAUGAAGGAGUUCACCCCCGAGUACAAAGGUGUGGUGCUGGUGUGUUUUGAGGGUGACUCUGAUGGCUACAUCAAUCUGGUGGCAUAUCCAUAUGAGGAGAGCGAGGGGCUGGACCACGAAGAGCUGUCCGAAAGAGAUCAGCCACGCCGAAAACACUCUCGCCGUAGCCUCCACCGCUCCAGCAGCGAGCACAAAGAGGACCGACCUGCUCACGACGGCGACAGCAACGACAAUCUGCAGGAGUUGAAGAGUCCUCGCCUGGACCUACAGAUGCAUUCGGAUGUGCCCUUCCAGAUGCUAGACAGCAACAGCGGCCUGAGCUCAGAGAAGAUCAGCCACAACCCCUGGAGUCUGCGCUGCCACAAACAACAGCUCAGCCGCAUGCGCUCCGACUCCAAAGACAGGAAACUCUACAAGUUUCUGCUGCUGGAGAAUGUAGUCCAUCAUUUCGUCUACCCCUGCAUCCUGGACUUGAAGAUGGGCACCCGGCAGCACGGUGACGACGCGUCAGAGGAGAAAGCCGCCCGCCAGAUGAAGAAGUGCGAGCAGAGCACGUCUGCCACAUUAGGGGUGCGUGUGUGCGGCAUGCAGGUCUACCAGAUGGACACCGGUCACUAUCUAUGCAGGAACAAGUACUACGGCCGUAGUCUUUCUAUUGAGGGAUUUCGACACGCACUCUUUCAGUUCAUGCACAAUGGGACGCAGCUGCGCAAAGACCUUUUUGAGCCCAUCCUGAGCAAACUAUGCAGCCUGAAGGCUGUGCUGGAGCGCCAGGCCUCGUACCGCUUCUACUCCAGCUCGCUGCUCAUCAUAUACGAGGGCAAGGACCCCGAGUCUGUGGACGCUGGCUGGCAGAAACCCUCAGAGCUGCCAUCAGAAAAGGAAAAUCAGGCCACACCGCUUGGGUCUGUGGAGAGCCCGCCGGCCUCAGAGCCCCACACGCCUCCUCAGAUGCUGAGUGUGGAUGUGCGCAUGAUAGACUUUGCCCACAGCACCUUCAAAGGCUUCCGGGAUGACCAAACAGUCCAUGACGGACCUGACCGUGGCUACGUGUUCGGACUAGAGAGCCUCAUCAACAUUUUGCAGGAAAUCCGCAAGGAGAACCAGUAGCCGAACCCACUGCUCCUUCAGUUGCCACCCAGCAACUUCAUGCAGACUGUUGUUGACAUUUUCAUAGAAAAACAAAGAUGUUUGUAAAGAUUGCACAUUGACUCAAAACUAAAGGCGUAUUAUAAUUUGAACCGUGAGGGAUCCGUGCACACAAGAAAUGGAGGUGACCUCUAGCUAUGAAGGUAUGAAGGUUCUGCUGUCAGGAAAGAAAUGGCUCAACAGAAGAUGGUUUCAGUUUGUUUGUCACAUGGAUUCAUCGCCACCUUGUGGCCCGCUGAAGCACUGCAGGAAUGAACCAUGAACUCAGGCCGUGUUGUCAGGGUCUCUCUUAGAGUGUGUGUGUGUGUGUGUGUGUGAAUCUCAA